AUUCAAAGUGGCAAACAGCCAAUGUUAAAUAUGGUAUAUAUGAUCGAAUUUUGGAUUUAAAGAACAAAAACAUUAUACUACGGAGCUCCUGCUCUUGCUCCGGACAUUGUGGCGCAAGCGAUAUUUUAACGUGGCUACAGCUUUGUCCUAAGCGGAUCCGCCUUGCUCCCAUGUCCAAGCUGUCGAUCGCAGCAGAGUCAAUGGACUUGUGAUAUCAUAUAAAAGGGGUGACAUGUCUAUAAACAAUUUUCGACAAUUUUCAGCACAGUCAAUGGACGUCACUAUUCCAGGACAAUCCCAGCCGCCGCCAUGUUACCCACCUACAACCAUUGGCGACGGUUCCGCUACUUUCCCUCAUGCUUAUCCACAUCAUGUUCCGCCCGUCUCGUCGAACGAGGUUUACCAACAAGUUCAAUCUUCCAGUGUCUCGUUCUCAUAUCAUCUUCACCCUACAUCGGGGGCUUUUACUGUCAACCCGCCGCCGAUACCGACGCCGGCCUGGCCACUACCAUCUGGUUCAUCUCACAUGGCCACUUUUAGUUCCUAUCCUUUUGUCAACGAAUUUGCCGCCCAACCUUCGGCAAAUCUUCGCGACGCUGUAUGGCCCAGGCGCGGCUCAGAAAACUCGGCAACCACUUUCCAGUCCAGUAGUAGUUCGGGAAAGCGCCUGAGACUCGGACAAGAGGAGGAGUCGGGGUCGUGGACAGGCCCCAUGAAAAAGAAGCCAAGGAUUAAUCCAUCAACGGAUAAUCCAUCUGCCGUACAGGGACCGAGUAUUGGAAUGCAGUCUGGAAGCACUGCCAGACCGGCUUGUUUUGGCUACAGAACUGGCGUGCUCUGUAACGAUGAGCUCCGAGAGAAGCUGAAGUCGUCACCAGGGCGCAUACCCAACUCCCGACUAUUCUUUCUCGGGGGCUUUCCCCUUGUCGCUCACAUUAAUCAACCGCUUCCUUCCGCAGAAGAGAAGGCUAAGCAAAAGGAAGAAGCCCGUCGGAGGGGUAGAUCUACUGGCGUGCCGCUGAAUCCCGAAGAGAUUCAGUGGUUGAUAAAAGCCUACUCCUGCCAGAGUCAUACGGGUACAACUCCUCAUAAGCAUGGUCAGGUCCAUCAUCAACAGUCCGGUCAUCGAAACCAGGAUCACAUCGGUGCUCUUGGGCAGGAUGCUUUGCCGAAUGACGCGCAGUCAUCAAUGCCGAUUUCCCUUCAAUAUGGAUAUGGCAGUGUAAUGAUGCACAGAGCGGAUGGGUCGUCCCAAUCUCCGCCUGCAUCAGAAUUUUCAGAUCCUGGCUUGUUGGCGACAUACGAUGAGCCGGUGGAACCCACGUCGGAUCGCAUUCCUCAGGCUAUUGAAGACCCUGCUUCUUAUCCUCCCCCUCUUGCGCAUCAGGGAAGCAACAUUGUCGCUAGGGCUAAAGAAGGUACCCCAACAUUAAUCACGUCGCCAAGUCGCGAAAGCGUUGAUGACACGAUGGACCUAAUGGACUACGGCCAUAUGGGGCGGGUCCAUCUGUCGUUUCAAGCUUUUCAAGGAUCAGAUAUCUUUGAGACUUGUAGCAAAAAGACGAAUGACGCCGACGACGAUGACGAUGAAUCUCUCUUCGGGGUGCUCUUUGAAUGAUCCGAAGGUGAUGCUCACGAGAGGAGUGUCAGGUUAUCGUGGGUGUGGGUUUUUCUGUUGGAGGGGGCCUGUGCUCUGAUGAAUGAAUGAUCCGGAGUGCUUAGCUAGGCAUCAUGACGCCGGAUAUAUAUGCCAUUGUUCUGCGUGUCCGACGUGGUUUGGCGAUAUGUAGAUAGUUUGCUCAGCUCUCUUUGCUGCCAUAUUCAAUUUGGUAACCAAUCAUAUCGUAGCAUUGUGCUUGAGAUUCGGCUCGGUUGACGC